ACAGCCCUGCUCGAGCUGAAGACCAACCGGAAUACCCUACCGUCCGCGCCCUGCAAAGUAAAGUACGACCCAGUUUGCGCAAUGAGCACUGUUUUGACGUGCCAAGAUCAGAGCUUUGUAGGGGGCCACCGCUACAACUGCCUUUACCGCGCCCAAAAGUCCACAGACAAUGUUGACGUUACCACGGAAACACAGGCCUCCUUUUGGGACACUAGUCCAACGAAGGACACGUGCCAGCACGAGCCAUUGGUCACCUGUUUGAGCUGUGGGACGUCCCCAGACAGCGCGAGGACUGAGCACAUGUCCCCACACCAGCGUAGAAAUAAACAGCUCCAAGAUACGCUUAUACAGAGAGAUGAGGAACUUGCAAGACUCCAAGAGGAAAACAACAAACUCAAAGAAUUUCUUAACUGCUCAUAUGUGCAGAACUUAGAGGAACAAUCUAAGAGGCUCCGCUCUGCUCACAAGCAAAGAAAGAGAACCCUGCAGGUAGACAAGGGGCUCCAGCACCUCAGCACAAGCCAGCUGAUUGGCUCCCAGGUGAAACGCACCUGUCGGAAUCUCUCUCUGGAAUUCUGCUCGUCCGAGGACGUCGCCACCAGCCCGUCUGUGGAUCACUGGAUCCUGCAGACACUGGGCCUGAAGGAUGCAGAUACCAUCGACACAUCCACCGAGCACACCCUCAUCCCCUCCUUUGACUCGGUCUGCACACGCAGCCCCAACAAUGAGCACUCUGAUCACCUGUGUCAAACAAAGAGCCAGGACACGUCUAAUUAUAGCUCUGCUAUUGGCUCCAGUCCCUGUAUUGAACCCUCCACAAACUACAUCCCUACAUUUGACACCAUCCAUAAUUACACUUGCUCAACAGACUCCUACUCUGAUAUCUCUGCCGCUGGGCUGUCCGUCCAAUCCAGUCCCCGUGUCACAGCCACCCCCAUCUACCAGGUUUCACCCUUACCAUCUAAUUUGCCACAACUGAUCGGUGACCCUUUGUCACCUGAGAAAAGACAGCACUUCACGCCUGUCGCCACUUCCUCUUCAGCCGGUGGUCUGAGGCUGCAUCACACUCCCAGCCCCCAGGGGUUCCCCACCCCCUCCACAGACCAUGACUCACUGCCUCGCUGCCAACCAUCUCCUCACUGCCACCCAUCUCCCCACUGCCACCCAUCUCCUCGCUGCCACCCAUCUCCUCACUGCCACCCAUCUCCUCGCUGCCACCCAUCUCCUCACUGCCAACCAUCCCCUCGCUGCCAGGCCGAUGUGGCCUUCACCAUGUCCCUCAGCUCCUCCAGCAGUGUCAGGACACACAGCUUCCAUCAGGGGCAGGCUUUCGUCCGCAGACACAGCCAGGGAGGCUGGAGUUUCACCUGGGUUCCCAUACAAGCCUCCUAGGAAGGGAGGAGGUGUUCCACAGGUGUCUGCCAUUGGACAGUCUCUUGGUAAUUGCGGUUGUACAAGCGGAUGACAGCCGCAGGAAAGCAGCCAUGCUGCUGAAAAACACUACGAACUAAAUCGAGACCAAACUGAUAGAACUGACUUAAAGGACUAGCACAGCUCAGCACUGAACAGUAUAAUGUUGUAGACAUACACUCGGUACUGUACCUACUAAAGCCUUGAGCACUUUGAAUUCUUUUUUAAUCAUGUGAUAAUUUCAGAUAUUACUUGUGUUUUAUAAUGUGCUAUUAAAAAACUGGACUCUCCUUAUCAUGGAAUUCAGUGUGUAAAAAAUAUAAUAAUAUUAUACCCAUGUAUAUGUCACUGGUAAAAUCAAAUUCUGUUGAUUGCCAAGCCUCUUAUCUGCCAGUGGCUGGUAAGAUUGUUUUCUGGAAUGCAACUAGCUGGGACCUGCUGAUGAUUCACACACUUUGUAACAGUAAAGUCAAACCUGUUUUCUUUCCAUCAAUUUUGUUUAGAAUUUAAUAUUGUAGACAGUGUGAUUUGACAGGUUUGUAAAACUUGUUUCAUUCACUUAAAAAAAAUUCGAAAUACUGAUUUACAACUAGUUAAGUUGUUGUAUGACUAAUAUAUGUGACUCAGUGUCACAUUGUGAGUUAAAGAAAGAAACCUGGAGUUUAAAUGAAUAGAUUGCGAAUUCCGUUCCCAAUUUGACUCUUGUUCCAAGGGGAUCCUUGACAUGCAAUAACAUGGCACCUGUCUCCUCAACAUUUUCACGGUGGUUGUCGUUCCCUUUCUAGAAAACAAAAGGGGGCGGCACCUCCCCAGAGACACACCCACCCUGAUCCUCCCACACAGGUAACGAUGAGCCACACCCCCUUGGCCCCACCACCACCGAGGGCUCCCGGGAGACCUGAGAGGUGCUGAGGGCAAGUUAGAUCUCUGAGUUGGGCAUGGCGGUGCCUGAGUGAGUGGUCUGUCCUUAAUGACACGGUAAGCCCCCCUGCAGAUGUACACCAGAUUGGGAACAGCAUGAGAGACUGAAGCAGGAGCCUGGUACAUUCAGACCUCUGUUUGCUUGUUGAGUAUCGGGCAGGCAGAGAUAUCAUUAAGUGGGCCUACCUGUUGAAACUCAAUAUGCCCCCACUUCAUGUAAAGAAGAGAAUGGAGCUAUCAUAUCAUCCCUAAACAUACAGAUUUGUUGUGAUUUUACAAAAACUGGAAUGAUGACGUUAGGGAAAAAAAGGAAAAAGUGAAAUGACAGAAUAUUUUAAGGCCAUUACAUUGGCUAGUCUGACUGUUUUGUUUACAAUCUAGUUCAAGUGUAUGUAUGCUAUGUUUUUUAUUGAAAGGAAUCAUUUUUGUAUAGGUACACGAUGCACCAGAAUGGUUAACUGCCACUUUGACUUUCAUAGUCCAAGAAACAGUAAGGCUUUAAUUUAAAAAAGUAAUAUGGAGCCUAUGUUUCAUCUCAAACCUCACUUUUAUUGAUCUAUUACCAACCACAUGUUAUUUUA